CAAGCACACACCGCUAAGCACAGGAAAACAAACUGCUCAUAGGGAGUGGUAUAAAGAGACUGGAACAGGCAGAGGAGAGGUAUUCGAAGUUUUGUAGAAACUAUGGAUUCUGCCGUUGAGAAACACAGUGUGGAACUUGUUGCCCUUGAGCGAAGUGGUCACACAGCUGUAUUAGAGGGAAAUACUCUGCAUGUCUGGGGAGGCUACAUGUCAACCGCUGAGAGUGAAGUGUUCCUUCCCAGUGAUGAAAUCUGGUUGUAUGACUUAGAAAGAGGUGUAUG